UGGGCGUGUGCGCUGUCACGGAUCACAUGACGCGAAUAUGGCCUCCUGACUUGAUUUCGUCCUCUUUACAGCUGUGUCUUCUAGCUCUAUGUUUUUCACCGAAUCUAGCACUCCAGACCCUCCGAGCUACGGCCACACCGAAUAACUGACCAUGGCGGACCAAGCAUAUGUGACUCUGGCCACAAAUGACAACUAUGCCAAAGGAGCAAUGGUUCUGGGGAGGUCGCUACGCAACCAUAACACAACCAAACAACUGGUGGUUCUGAUUGGACCUCACGUAGCAGAGCCCUGCAGGGCCAUGCUGAGUAGCAUCUAUGACGAGGUGUGUGUGGUGGAUAUCUUGGACUCUGGUGACACGGCCCACCUGGCCCUGAUGAAGAGACCAGACCUCGGAGUGACUUUCACCAAGCUGCACUGCUGGACACUCACACACUACACCAAGUGUGUGUUUAUGGACGCAGACACACUGGUGUUGUCCAACAUCGAUGAGCUGUUUGAGAGGGAGGAGUUAUCUGCUGCGCCUGAUCCGGGUUGGCCAGAUUGUUUCAACUCGGGCGUGUUCGUCUUUAAACCGUCCAAUGAAACAUACCGCAGCCUUAUGACACACUGCACUGAGAACGGCAGCUUUGACGGUGGGGACCAAGGAGUUCUGAACAGUUUCUUCAAUACCUGGUCAACAGCAGACAUUUCCAAACACCUGCCUUUCAUCUACAACCUCAGCAGCAUCGCUAUAUACACCUAUCUACCAGCCUUCAAACAGUAUGGUCAUGAGGCUAAGGUGGUCCACUUCCUGGGGAAGGUGAAGCCAUGGAACUACUCCUAUGACACCCAGACUGGGAAGGUCAAAGGUCACACCCUCACGCCUGGCUCAGGUGACCUGCACCCUGACUUCCUGGUUCAGUGGUGGAACCUCUACUCCUCUGGGGUCCUUCCUGCUCUCAGAGACUCAUAUGGAGAUGCACUGUUCUGCUCCGGCUGCACUGAGGAGGAGGUCUGUGACAGUGUGGUUGAGAUCAUCCUCCCCCCGCCUCCCCCUCAGGCGCCCCAGGUGUCCAGUGAGGAGAGGAGGCAGCGAUGGGAGGCGGGCCAGGCGGACUACAUGGGAGCCGACUCCUUCGAAAGCAUCCAGAGGAAACUGGACUGCUUCCUCAAGUAGAGGGCCAGAGGGAUGACGGACGGAGAGGGCAUCCAUUGGCAGGCCUGAGAUGCGUCAGUCAGGGCGGGGAUCAACUGGCAUUCGACCAAUUAGAAGAGAAAGCGGUAGAGCAUGACGUAUUGAAAACAGUCAGAUCCUGUGCCUCUCUCUCUCUCUCUGUUUUUCUCUGUGUGUUCGUGCGUCUGUGUCGCCUGGUCCUGCAGAAAUGAUCCCUGCAGAGACUGGUCCAUUCAGUGUUUGAACACCAGUUUACUACACUAUGCAGCCCCCAUACCACCACCUCAGCGCAGAAGCCUUGGUCAGUAAGUAAUGACUCAGUAAUAACCUCACUGUGACUCUGCCUCACCAAGUCCCAUCCAGACCCCAUGACUCUAACAGCUCUAACCCAGUUACUCAGUCAAGCCUGAUAAUGAUAAUGAUCGGGCAGUCGUGCUUUUCCUCUUUAAAGUAUUCAGAGAUGGGUCGGUAUGAAGUAUUUCCCUCUAUAAAAUGGAAUAACUGUUAUUUUGUUUAUUAAAUUUUGCAUCCCAGUGGUUAUUUCUGCUCUCCAUAUGCGUGUUGUGCAUGGUUAUUUCUUUAUAUUAGGAUUAUUGUGACGGAAGCCUGUUUCUAAAGUGGAAAACUCACUGUAGCGCUUGUCAUUUCGCCAUGUCCUGUUUGAUGUCAUCAUUUCCUGUUGGGUUUCCUCACGUCCUGUGUAGUCUGACCAGUUGCCUUACCACUGUCAAAGACUCCUAUUACACAACUAGGCCUAUUCUAGUUGUCGCCGUUCACUGUUUACAGAAAACACUUCUCUGCUGCUGCCAAACCCCCCCCUUCACAUCUACUCCAUUCAGACCUACCUCUACGCUCCUCCAGCUCCACUCUACUCAAUCCUCCUACAGACUUACCUCUACGCUCCACUCUACUCAACCCUCCUACAACCUACCUCUAGGCUCCUCCAGCUCCACUCUACUCAACCCUCCUACAGACUUACCUCUAGGCUCCUCCAGCUCCACUCUACUCAACCCUCCUACAGACUUACCUCUAGGCUCCUCCAGCUCCACUCUACUCAACCCUCCUACAGACCUACCUCUACGCUCCUCCAGCUCCACUCUACUCAACCCUCCUACAGACUUACCUCUACGCUCCUCCAGCUCCACUCUACUCAACCCUCCUACAGACUUACCUCUAUGCUCCUCCAGCUCCACUCUACUCAACCCUCCUACAGACUUACCUCUACGCUCCUCCAGCUCCACUCUACUCAACCCUCCUACAGACUUACCUCUACGCUCCUCCAGCUCCACUCAACCCUCCUACAGACUUACAUCUAUGUUCCACUCUACUCCAUUCAACCCCUACAGACUUACCUCCACACUCCACUCUACUCCAUUCAACCCCCUACAGACUUACCUCUAUGCGCCACUCUACUCAACCCUCCUACAGACUUACCUCUACGCUCCUCCAGCUCCACUCUACUCCAUUCAACCCUCCUACAGACUUACCUCCACACUCCACUCUACUCCACCCUUCUCUACUCUCAACUUGACACCCCCCAUCUCCAACUCACCCCUCCUACAGCCCUACCUUGUCACCCCACCACCCUCCAACAUCAACACCCUGAUACCUCUUCCUCUCCCUGAAGUGUGUACUUUCAUCCCACCUUGUGGAUUUAAAAGGAAUGGACUGGUAUGAAGAAAAUCAUGUCAGAUAUUAUUUUGACAUGGUGAAAACUCAAGUCCAUGAUUAAUCCAAUGCUUUCACAUCCAUGAAGGGGACUGAGUGAGCAGGACAAGUGCACACGGGGGCAUAAGGCCAGUAGGGAAUCCUAACACACACAGCCUAAAAUGAUAUAGUAAGUAAUGGGAUGUUGUAGUUUUGUGGUCCCUCUUAAUACACCCACAAACGGCUCUAUAGAGAAGUUUCCAAACGCUAUGAAACCUCGUGUUCUGAACACACCCCGGUAGUUCUCACUGUUUCUGUUCUGAACACACCUAAUAAAGGACUGUUGAAGUCUC